UAAAAUAAAACAUAACCCUUUUAGACAGAUCUCUCCACUUGAUCUCUUCCUUGUCCGAGAAAAAAAAAAUAAAUCCACAACCAUCUCCGAUUGUUUCGCAAUCUUCUUCUAUCAACAUCGAGAAACACGUUUCCGAUCACAGAGAUGGCAUCCUUCAAGAUGAUGUCUUCCUCCACCUCCAGAAACUCCGAUCUCUCUCGCCGCAACUCCUCCUCCGCCUCCUCGUCUUCUCCCUCCGUGAGAUCCAACCAUCUCAGACGAGAUCCUCACGCCGCCGAUCACUCCAGGAUCAGUUUCUGCUACGGCGGCGGAGGAGGGAACGACGCGACGACGACGGUUCACGAUUACGCCUUCGCGGCGUCCGAUUCGAUGAUGGAUGUCGAUCGGAGGAGCAACGGAGACAGGAACAGCGUCAACGGAGGAGGAGGAGGGAGGAAGAGCGUGGACGAUGUCUGGAGAGAGAUCGUGUCGGGAGAGAAGAAGACGGUCAUGAAGGAGGAGGCGCAGGAUGAGUACAUGAUGACGCUUGAGGACUUCUUAGCGAAAGCGGCGGAGAUGGAUGAUAAUGACGAUGAAAUCGAUGUUAAGAUUCCGCCGGAGAGACUCGACUACGGAGAUCUCUCCGGUACGUUCGAUUAUCCGAUGAUGCCUCAGCAGCAGCAGCACGAUCAGGUUGAAGGAUCAACGAGGAGAAAGAGAGGGAGAGUGAUGGUGGAGGCGAUGGAUAAAGCGGCGGCGCAGAGACAGAAGAGGAUGAUCAAGAACCGGGAGUCUGCUGCUAGGUCGAGAGAGAGGAAACAGGCUUAUCAAGUGGAGCUGGAGACUUUGGCUGCGAAGCUGGAGCGAGAGAACGAACAGCUUUUGAAGGAGAUUGAAGAGAAGACCAGAGAGAGAUACAGGAACCUUAUGGAGCAAUUGAUUCCUGUUGACGAUGAGAAACGAAGACCAUCGUCUUCUUCGUCGAGGUCGUCUUUAAGCAGGAGCUACUCCUUGGAAUGGUAAAAAAAGAGUUAUUUUAAUUAAGUCUUUUGGUAAGUGGUUAAAUAAUGAUUGAUGUAUGUAAAUAAAAACAUAUGGACUUGAUUACCUUAUAUUACUACUACGUAAUCGAUAUAGUAAGAUGAUGGUUAUUAUA